AUCUAUGGAUAUAGCUUGGAAUUUGAUUUGUACCUAUCAGCUUGGAAUCUUGGAUAUAGCUUGUUAAUAUGUCAAUAACAACUCUUUAUAAUAAUUUUUAGCGAAAAAUAAUCACUAAUUAAUAAAGACCAUGGCUGCGGGACCGAUAGCCGAAAGAAAUCAAGAUGCAACAAUUUAUGUGGGAGGUCUGGAUGACAGAGUGUCUGAAAGUCUACUUUGGGAGCUAUUUGUGCAAUCUGGGCCAGUCGUGAAUGUGCACAUGCCAAAAGAUAGAGUAACACAGACUCAUCAGGGUUAUGGAUUUGUGGAGUUUAUGGGCGAGGAGGAUGCUGAUUAUGCUAUAAAAGUAAUGAAUAUGAUAAAACUUUAUGGUAAGCCAGUGAGAGUGAAUAAGGCAUCAGCGCAUCAAAAGAACCUUGAUGUUGGUGCAAACGUGUUCAUCGGUAACUUGGACCCUGAGGUUGAUGAGAAGCUGCUGUACGACACAUUCUCCGCUUUUGGGGUUAUAUUACAAACACCUAAGGUCAUGAGAGACCCAGAGACCGGCAACUCGAAAGCCUUCGCCUUCAUAAACUUCGCGUCGUUCGAAGCAUCGGAUGCCGCCAUUGAAGCGAUGAAUAACCAGUACUUGUGCAACAGGCCCAUAUCUGUAUCCUACGCUUUCAAGAAGGAUGUUAAGGGAGAGAGACACGGUUCUGCGGCUGAGAGAUUACUCGCCGCCCAAAAUCCGCUAUCACAUGCAGACCGUCCUCACCAGCUGUUUGCAGAUGCGCCGCCAACUAUCAUGGGGCCAAUGCUGAUGGCGCCACCGCUGCCGCCAACGCCGUCGCCAAUGCCACCGCCAGGCCCGCCAAUGAACGCCAGGCCACCACCACCACUGCCGAUGGCCGCACCCCCGCCACCACCAACUUCAAUGCCACCACCGGGGCCUCCACCACCACCAGGCCCGCCUCCGCCACCGCCACCAUUCCACCACUUCCCGCCUCCACCAUUCGGGCCCCCUGGCUUUGGGCCCCCACCUCCACCAGGCGCGAGGCCCCCUCCACCGUGGAGGCCUCCGCCACCAUCCUUCAGACCCCAAUUCCCCCCACGCGGGCCACCGCCGUUUGGACAUCCUCCGUUUCCCCCGCACCACCCGCCUGAACCAAACUAUAACUACUAAUUAAGUUUUAUGAUUGAAUAAGAAAUAAUAUAGGCUAAUUUCAACAUUU